AUGUCCAGUGAAUCUUUUUUUUUGGAAACAAAAUUUCAAUUCUUAUUUUUACAAAAUAAAAUAAUCAAGAAAGCCCCUUGGUUGUUUAAAACGCGUUAUCAACAAUUUUUUUUUUUGAAAAAAAAAAAGAAUUUUAAUUCUUAUCUCUAUAAAAUAGUCGAGAAAGAUCCUUGGCUGUUGGAUGAAAUUUUUCCGCCUGUAUAUCCACGACCGGAUGUUACCCAAGAAGUACAAGAAGAUGUGAUCGACGUAGUCUAUGAAAGGCCAACCGAUUAUGAUGAAAAAAUUGAAGAGAUACCAUUUAAAGCGAUAGAAGAUAUCGUCGAAGUAAAACCUAUCCAAGAAGAAGUCGAGGAAAUAAAAAUUGUCCAGGAACCAGCUGUCAUUCCAACAGAAAGGAUAGCAGAUCGUGAUGAAGAGGAAAUCGAUUUAAUUGAAGAGGAAUUCCCGAUUGUCCAGGAACCAGCUGUCAUUCCAACCGAAAGGAUAGCAGAUCGUGAUGAAGAGGAAAUCGAUUUAAUUGAAGAGGAAUUCCCGAUUGUCCAGGAACCAGCUGUCAUUCCAACCGAAAGGAUAACAGAUCGUGAUGAUGAGAAGAUCGAUUUAGUUGAAGAAAAAGAACUGCCGAUUGUCCAGGAACCAGUAAUCCCGACAGAAAGGAUAGCGGAUCAUGAUGAUGAAAAACUCGAUUUGGUUAAAGAAGAAGAGAUCGUCCAGGAAGCUGCGAUCCUUCAGGAACGAGCUGUCAUCCCGGUUGAAAGGGAUUAUGAUGAAGAUCGUGAUGAAGAAAAAAUCGAUUUAAUUAAAGAAGAGGAAUUAGUGAUUGAAACAACUGUAGCGGAAGAAAUACCGGUUGAAAAACCUGAAAUCCUCGAUGAAGAUGAAAUCGAGCGCACCGCAAAGAUCGAGCUGGAAUUGCCGCGAGAAUUAGAAGAGUAUUUUGAACCAGAAAAGCCUGUAGAAUAUGACGAAGACGAGGAAGGCCUUACUGACUAUGAAAAAUUUAUCGACGAGGAAUUGCAGGAGUUUCUGCCCGCCAUAAUAGCGAGGGAAAUUCCGAAGGAGCCGAGGGAGAUGCGUCCAGAAAUUCCCAGGAAUGCGGUGUAUGAGAAAAUCGAUCGCGAUAUAGAGCCUGAAGAACGACGAGCUGAAGAAGAAGAAGUACCUACCAAAGUGAAGCGAAUCGUCUCGCGCAAACCUGUAACUGCAGAUGUUUGCGAUGAGACGUGCCCUUUGGUAAAGAAGCAGAAAGAACGCUUCAUGCGCAAAUUGAAGGAACGGCAGCGGGUCGUAGAUUAUUAUUAUCUGACAAAGGGCUUCAACUAUUUCGAAGACGUAUGCACGUGCUCUCUGGCUUGCAUGGUGUACACUCUGAGCAGGGAUCCGUUCAUGAGAAGCGUAUUCGCGUCUCUCGCAUUGUUUGCGGUUGGAUUAAAGCUGUGCUCCGAGCUGGAUGCGUGGGAGAUGCCAAAUCGCGUCUCAUGAGAUCAAAUAUCAAUAUCAGCGUUGUAUAAUUAUUAUUGAAACUUCCUAUAAAAUUGCGACAG